AUGGUGUCCCUGUGGCCUUGGAAGGGUGAAGAUAACUCUCCUGCAUCAUUCGAGAAGGCCCUGUCGACUCUCUCAACGAAAAUCACCCAAACCACAAAUCGUCUCGACUCUCACCGCCAGCAGGCCCGUCGCUUCAAGGCUCUCUGGACCCUCUACACCACGUUCGCCUACCUGCUUUAUUCGAUCAUCUUGGCGCUAGUGCUAGGCUGGCAGAAUUGGGGUGCUACCGAAUAUGCCGCAAUCGUUGGGGGCCCGGUGCUGAUUUACACAGUGCGUGCCGGAGCCAGCAAGUUCUUCGAUUAUCGCAUCAACAAAACACAGCGGUAUCUUGACGACCUACAAAAGCAGCAAGACGAGACGAUCGAGAAGCUCAAGGUCGCCACGAAGUACAACUCGACCCAACAACUGCUGGAGAAGUAUGGAGGAGGGUCUCCCAAGCCAUCGCGUCCCAAGGGCGGCGACGAGAAACGCAAGCCCGAGACGAAACGCAAGCCAUCAACACCCCAACAACCCGUCAUGCGUACCGGACUUCCUCCACCGCCGACUGCGAACAUUCGACGACCGAACCCGGCCCAGUCUCCGGUUGCCUCCCCUGGUCCAUCCCAGUCCCCUCCACCGUAUCCACCUCAGGGGCAACCACAAGACCUCCCCGCUCCGCCCCCUCCUCCAGCUUUUGACGAACCCGGUUUCGCACCCAACGCGUUUCCGACCGCCCCUCAAUACGCCGAGCAUUCCCGCUGGUACGAUCGCCUGCUGGACGUCCUGCUCGGUGAGGACGAAACACAGCCGAAGAACCGCAUGGCGUUGAUUUGCAGCACAUGUCGACUUGUCAAUGGUCAAGCCCCACCGGGGGUCAAAACACCGGAGGAGCUGGGCCGUUGGCGGUGCGGUAGCUGUGGGGCCUGGAACGGGGAAGAAAGCGAGACGAAGAAGGUUCUCGCGGGAAUCCGGAAUCAGUCCCGGUCUGCGGACGGGGCGUGGGAAUCGGUCGCGAAGCCGGACUCGGAUAGUCACUCGGCGGGCGAUGUCACCGACGAGGCUGUCCUGGUUGCCACCAGCGAAGACGAGCAAAUUGAGUCGCGCAGCUCCGGGGCGGAAUCCCAAGGUGAGACAGCGGAGCAGCAGGAGGAAGUGACAAAGCCAGUGGCUGGCGGCAAGUCGGGGCGCGGACGAUCCAAGGGGAAUAAGAGGAAAGGCUGA